CCUGUCCUCAGAAUCAGUUCUUUCAUGAAGGAUCCAAUGUCAAGCUACAGCUGUGCUACAGUUGGAUUCCUUGGAUAUGCCUGUUAGGAGAUAGGGCGUCUUGUUUCCAUCACUGUUUAUUAAUAACGUAACCACACUCUUCAUGGAAUCCUGAUAGUCUGGGAUACAGCUGAAGCAAAGAGGAAUAACAUUUAUUUAAGAAGGAAGAAAGGAAAGAUUAGAAAUGAAUGACGACCAAAGCACAAACUCUAUUUUCCAGUAUGAAAUGGAUGAUGUUCAAGAGAUAUUUUCACAUGUGGUUCCUGGUACCCUGGAUCUACUGGAAGAAACGGGUCAACACUUUCAACUUUGUAUAGACAGAGUAGAGCAUCUCCAAACUGAGAAAGAUGACCUAAUUCAACAAAUUGUUCUGCUAAAGGAACCCACUUAUCAGGGACUCAAAAAUGUACGUGAGGAACUUCUUGCAGCUCAUAAAAUGAAAGCAAAAGUUGAACUAGAGUGUGAAGCCCUGAAAGAAGAAAUUAGAAUAGUAAAGCGACUGCUGUUCAAGGCAACCAGAGAAUGUAUAGGUUGUCAGUAUGAACUUGAAACUGAAAGACAUGAUAUUGCUCAGUUUGCCAUAACCUAUGAUGAGCUACAGCAGGAAGCUCACAGACUUGAAGAAGAACUUGUGAAAUUGAAAGAGGUCUGUGAACAACAGCAGGACAUGCUGAUGUAUCGUCUAGCAAAGGCCCAGAAUGUUCGCUGGAGUCAAGACUUGUCUGACUGUAGGAGACUAUCAAUAAAUUUUGAAAAUUUUUUGCAGGAAAACCUACAAACUGUUGAAAAUUACUAUGAGCCCCAUUUGAUACGACUUCUAAAAAGGAGAGAAAUUUCUGAAACUGCUCUAAUACAUGCACAAGAGGAGGCACAAAAUAUGAAGAAAAAGUUGAUCCCUUUGCAAGAGGAGAUGAUGAAGCUCUCUGUCCAGAAGAAAUGUUUAGAAGAAGAGCUCCACCAGAAAAAGUCAAGGAGAAAGGAGGAAGUCUUACAUUAUCGGGAAAAUAUUGAGGAGCUGGAAGAGCACAUCCGAAAACUGAGGACUGAGGUUCAACUCCAGAAAAAAAGAAAUGAGGAAAUUGAGACACUAAGAAAAAGUCUGUCACAGGAACUGUCUAACUACAAGGGUUGCUUGGAUGUAUAUACACAACUCUUAAGGUCACAGACUGGAACUGCAAAAUAACCAUAUAUGAUGUGGACUGCAUAUCUGAUACACCAUCAUUGUCUGCAACAAGCAUGUGAACUAACUUUGAUAAAGGCACACCACAAAAUCUAUAGUCUUCCUUCUAGUACUAAAUGAAUUACCAUGUAUGGUAUUUAUAAGUUCACAAAAUGUGCUUGAAAAGGAUGUUAUUUCCAUGACGCUUUCUAACUAAAUGUUGUGUUUUGAAGGUUUUUAGUUUACUCUUUAUUUGUCUCUGUAUUAUAAAUAUGCGCAGGUGAAUAAAUAUAUACAUUGGUACUGUAAAAUUUAAUAUAAGUAAUUUUUUGUUUGCAUAUCCAAUGGUACAUGGCAUGCCUACUACCUUUGGGAAACAGUUCCUUUGCAGAUUGGAAGGUCAGUGGACCACCACUAACGUUUUGACUACAGUGCCAUUAACACACAUGCAUUAGUCUAAAUUGCUCAGAUGUUAAAUAAUAACUGGUAUUAAGAGGAUCAAACUUUAUUCAUUCAAAUUAAUGUAUUGUUUCUGUUACAUUUACAAAUAACCCUCCAGAAAAUUAAAUCUGGUGAACCAAGUGCAAAUAAUUUUUAUAGUAAAUUGGAUGAUGAGGGUGGCCGCUGUGGUGCAGAGGUUAGUGUUGCUGCCACAUAGCAAGAGGUUCUCCGGUUCAAUCCUCGG